AUGUCCGCAACACGCUUCGCUCCUCUCCUCAGAACCCGUGUGCUCGCUCCCGUUCCCCGCUUCCAGGCUAUCCGGUCGAUUUCUGCUACAGCUUCAUACAACAAGGGAGCUAUUGAUGCAACCAAGGACACACUUAAGAAGGCCGAUCGGACGGUAUCUGACGCCGCUGUGAAGGGAAUUGACCAGGGUGAAAAAGCUGCUGAGAACCUCAGGAACGCUGUUGGUGCUGGUGCCCAGCAGGCUAAGACCAAGGGAGAGGAUGCCAAGGGCGAUGCUGCACAGGUGGCUGGCCAAGCCAAGGGCAAGGCCGAGGAAGCUCUAGGCCAGGGCAAGGGAAAGGCCCAGGAAGCUAUGGGCGAGGCCAAGGGCAAGACAAAGGAGGCAAUGGGUACUGUUGAAGGGAAGGCCAAGGAGGCUAAGAGCCGCCUGUAA